GAACGUGUGCCACGUGGCGCUGGGGCUGUGGGAAGGAUGCUACCUGCAAUGAUGAUGAUAACGUUGUGGGUUGCAUUUGCAAUGAUAAUACUCUUGUAUACAAUUACGACACCAUGACGUGUGAUGACGCGUGUGUCGGCCGGGACUGCGGCUUAGAGGCGUCGUGCAUUGGCACUGGUGCUCCCAUUCCUCCAUGUGUGUGCAACAAUAAAGGCUUUACCUUCGUCCAAUCUGACAAGACAUGCUUUGCUCCGUUGGUGCGCACGACGCUGCAGAUCAAAGGCCUCCUCAGCCCGCUCAUGAAUCUCACCUUCUCCACGGACGUGGCGGCAGAGCAGGCCAGCGGCACCACCGCGUGCAGCAACGUGGGGCAGGAGAUCUACGGCGAGACCGAUAUCACAGUCGUAUGGAACGCCUCCAACCCAGCCUCCAAUCCCACCUCAACCUCAACGUCAGCCUCGCUGCAAGGGGCUGCGGCUGGCGCAGCCAUGUGCAGGAGCCUGUCAUUCUACUCCGGCCUGUGGUGCGAGGAGGACCUGGCGCUGACAAUCUCACGCCCACGUCCUGUGAAGCGCGGCCGUGCCACUGCCUACCCCGCCACGAAAAAGACUGUCAAAGACGUCUAUUCGGUGCAAUCAGUUGGCUGCGAGAUCACCACGUGUCACAAGGAUUGUGGGGCUGCUGAGUGCGUGGUGAAGGAGGGCCAGCAGCAGUGCCAGUGCCCCGAGGGCCUCGUGUUCAAUGCAGCCAAGAAGCUCUGCCGUGCUGCUCCUCCUC